AUGAAUACUUAUGACAAUCAAUAACGAAAUGUAACUUAAGUUAGAUUUGGAACCGAACAAUCAGUAGCCUCUUCAAUUUCAGCCUUCCCAAAACGAACUCAAGUUGAAUUAUUUUGUUAUCGUCAUCCAGACAGAUUUAUACAUUAAGGAUGCACAGCGUUGAACUGUUAGAAGAUGAUCAUGUGUCCAUAAUGCAACACCGAUGAUGAUACACAUUAUCAAGAACACAAAGAGGAUAUAGUUGAAUUCCCUCAUUUUUUAGAAAUCCUGGCAUCAGAGAUUAAAAAAGUCAAUAGAAAUGACAGCAUGUUAUACAAUAAGAAUGUUAAAUAGCUUUUAGAAAAGGAACACACUUAUUUAUUAGAAUAUGAUAAUCUAUGUAAAAAGUAGGUGAAAUACUUUAAUCAAUUAAUUGAUGAUCAAACCUCCUUAAUUAUGCAGCAUUUCUAUAUCUUAAAAUAAACCAUUAAUGCAUUCUUUGACAAGCAAUUCAAUACUUUUUCAAAUAAUAUUCAUUUCUUCAAAACCCAGUACUAAUAAAUUAACCCUGAAGAAACCUUGGCUCGAUAUGGAGAUGUGCCCCAAAUAGUUGCUAAGUUGUAUGCCAAAAAUCCUUAGUAAUGUUUCCACUUCUUAAAUAAUUUGAGAAAAUCAGCCAAUAUGGAAGGCCAAUUACUUUCAGACCUAGACUAUAUUUCUAAUAUGGUUUUGAGAAAUUAUGAAGAUUAAUCUUACUUUCUCUAAGAAUUUGCCUUAAAUCAAUUAAAAAACUCUGUUGCUGAUAUGAUAGAUCAAACAAAAAUUGCAGUCAAUGACAGCUUGAAACAAAUACCAAAACUUACCUAAGAUGUCCAUGCUAGUGUUGUGUCUUAAGCAUUUAUCUCUUACAAUCGUCAUCAAGUGAAGUUGGCUUAACCUGAAUUAUUUGAAAACAGAAAAUUUAGAUUCGCCAACGUAGCUUAGAUACAAACACAUCACUCAAAUAGUGUUACUGCUCUCGUGGCACUUUCACAUGACAUACUUGCUACAAGUUCAUAUGAUCGAACAAUGAAAAUCUGGAAGAUUUCAUCAGGUGAAUUAUUGAAAACAAUAUAUGAUACAUGUUGCAUAUCUAGCAUGAUUAGUUUGAAAAUAAAAAAUGAUAAAAAUACUUAGGCUGAUUCUUAUACAGAUGAAGAGAAUUCACAACUACACAAUCAAAUACUCAAAGGUAAUUUGAGUAAUUCUGGAUUUUAUUUGAUAACUGGAGGGUUUGAUAAAUAAAUUAAAGUUUGGGAUUUCGACAUCAUGGUUAAGGAUAACUAAUACGAAAUGGAUCGAAUUGCUAAAUAUGAAUCCUCAUUGUUGAGUUAAUCUUAUAAUCUAUCAGUCUUCCCUAUUCACACAUUGAAAGGUCACAAUAGUUGGAUUACUGCUUUGCUCUCCUUUAAUGACGAAAGAAACAUAGCAGCAGGUGAUGAUUCAGGAGAAGUGAUAGUGUGGGACAUAAUCAAUCAAGUUCUAUUAUAUCGAUUGACUCAUAUAAGAAAUCCAGGAAUUGUUCCAUUUCUUAGUCUCACUAUUCCAUUUUAAUAAUUUUGCUGUUCUUCUGGAACUUACUUAAGAAUUUACUCAUUAUUUUAUAAGUCCCAAGAAGAAAUAUAUCCGAAUCCAAAAUUUAAAGAAAGACUGGAGGCUAAAUUUGCUCCAAAAAAAAAUCCUAUUUAGAUUGCUCCACAACUAUCAAACGUUUAAUUGGAUAAGGAGAUUGAUAUUUUUUGGGGAAUCACAGGAUGCAUAAGUCCAAGUAAUUAUCCGAAUCUCCUUAUUGUAUUUGGUAAUCAACCAAACAAAUUAAAAUAUGUUAUACUUAAUAAAAAUAAAGUUGUUGAAAUUAACACGGAUAAUGGAACUUAUUGUGGGCAAUUACUUCUGAUUGAAAAGCAUAGGAUUCACGAUACUCAAAUGGACUAAUUCUAUAAGAACAUAAAUUUCAUAAUGAUGGGAGAUAAGAGUCUAGCAGUGUAUGAUGGCUAUGGCACAAAAAUCAGAGUAUUGGAAUCAUAGAUGGAUGAUCUUUAUGCUAGCAACAUUUUAUGUUAAAGGAAUAUGUAGAUUCUGAAACUUGAAAAAAGAAGUGUGAAAAAAACAUUGAAAUUUGCUUGUGUUUCACAAUAUGGCACUCAAGAUUACAAAUACAAAUCAGCCAGAAUAACCCUUUUUGAAAUUUCUUAUGAUACGAUAUGA